AUGGACGAAAUUCACAAAAGUAACUCAGGUAAUAAUUCUCAAAAUUUGAAAAAAAGAAAAGUUGAUACUUUACCUUUGGUUUCUUCCAAUGAAUCUGAUAUAUCUGAUGAAGAAAAUUCGAUAAACAAAAUCAAACAAGUUGAAAGAUGUAAAGUAAAUGUACUUGGUAAAAAUGGAUAUGAACGAUGUGGAAAAGAGGUAAAUCUCAAUACUGCAAAGUCAACAGAUACUGACAAUAAUUCAGUAAUGAUCGACUUUGAAUCAAGUACAACUGCAUUUGAUGAUGAUAUUAUUUAUGAGGAUGCAGAUGAGGAAAUAGAUCAGAUAAACAAUGGAACUCGACAAAUUCGAAUUAAUACACCCCAAAAUU